AUGCUAUCCAAACUGCAUUGGCAGAAAAGGACGAACCGCAAAUCUCAGCAGUCCUUUGAAGGCCACAGCCUGUCGCCGCAGCCUUCGCCCGAGCUACAGUCUGAAGGAGCAUCUGCAAGUCCACCUUCUCGACGGCCUGGAUUCCUCUCUCGAGUACGCAGUCAGCGAUUCUCGACGGUCAAUCUGCCAGCCAACUCAUCACAUCAAGAAGCGUCAAGCAACCCAGUACCCAAGCGACAUUCAUACUACCAGCCUGCCCAGCCAUUGUACGACACGGCCGAGGCUCAGCGUCCGGUAUGA